AUGAAGCUCCAAUCCAUUGUUUUAUUUUUGACUGCCAGUCUAUCGACAGCAAUUUAUGCACAAGCUGUGUGCACAAUUUUUUACAAAGGUCUCUAUCGACACCAAACUGGUGAUACGGGCGGUGGAUGCUUUGGUGCCGACCCGAGCGACUCUAUAACUACGGUUUCGACUGCCGAUCCUGCUGAUGCUUGCUACACUUUUUAUUCUGGCUACGGCUGCACUGGAAGCGUAGUUGGAUCAGGCUGUGGCUCCACUACCUUUCCGGGUAUAAAAUUCUCAUCAAUCAAAUUACUAUGCAAAUAG